UGAAGAGACAUCAGCCUGAGGUACCAGGAAUCAGGAAUCCGGAUGGAUAUAAUUCUGCAGCAUUAAUUGUUGCCAUCAUGUGUAGAGUAAUUGUAAUACUGUUGUAGCUGCAACUUGCAAGCUCACAUGCACUGUCUUCGUCUUCGUCGAGUGGAAGGCGCAAUCGGCAGCUGAAAAGACUGCCAUCCAUCACAUUGUCCACGGUUCUGGGAGUUUGCAAAGACAGAGAGGGGGCUAAUAGCAAGCAAGAUGCCCAUACACAAGCUCGCAGAUGGAUCCAGCAUAGAGUAUGUGGAGAUAGAGCAGGAGCCAAGGCAUCAUGUUCUAUUCCAGAACUCCAAAGUUCGUUGCUACGACACGCUGGUGAAGCCUUCUGACACCACCCUGUAUCAUAGGCACUACAACGAUACUUUCUAUGCGCUCAUUGCUGGGGGCCAUGGCGCCAUGCAAGAAGCUGGUGACGAUUUCAAGGACACAGUCCUCGAACCACAAGGCACUCUUGCACUGAUGUGCAGGAGUAAGGAGCUGGUCCAUCGUGUCCACUUCAAAGCAGAGAACAAGAACGCGUUUCACAUCCUGGGAGUGGAGCUUUUACCAUCAGGAGACAGCUCUGACGAGACCCCUGCCCCAGACCUCAACCAGUCUGCCCUCCUCCGCUGCGGCUACACUCACGUUACCAAGAACGUCUGGCCACAGAUCAUUGUCCACAAGCUGACCCUUCCCCCAGGACAAACCACCGGGCUGCACAGCUACGGCAGCCACUGUGGGGUCGCCCUCUUUCUGACCGGGGCAUACCUCCGGGUGCUCGAGGCCGAGGGCAGCUCCCCAUCUCCAUUCAGCGGGGGGUUUGUUGCGGCGGGUAGUGUCAAGUGGCACGAAGGGGGGGUCAAGCACGAGAUUGUGAACAUCGGAGAGACGGAACUGGUGGCCAUGCUGGUGCACCUGGUCUAG